UCUAGUAUAGAAUUUACUAACUCACAAAAUGGAAUCAUAUGGAGAUAAACCCCUUUUACUAGUUACUGGUGCUUCAGGAUACCUCGGGUCUUGGUGUGUUGCCAAAGCUGUGGAAUCUGGCAAAUAUAAAGUCAGAGGAACUGUCAGAGAUCAUACAAACAAAGAAAAGAUGGAUCUACUAAAACAAGGCUAUGGAGAACUUUUCGAUCAAAUUGAGUUUGUUUCAGCUGAUAUUGAAAAUGCUGAGGCAAUGAAGAAAGCUGUUGAAGGAGUUUCAUAUAUUAUCCAUGUAGCCUCUCCUAUAGUGCUUGCAACUCCUAAAAAUGCUGAAAAGACAGUUAUUCAGCCAGCUGUUGAAGGGACAAAGAAUAUUUUAGAAGCAUGUGUUGGAUCAAGUGUAAAGAAAAUCGUAAUUACAUCUUCAGCACUCACAGCCUUUGACUACAGCAAAGGAGAAGGAAGUACAUCAGAUAGAACAGAUUUUGUAGCUGAGACUAAAGACCAUAACCCAUACUACAUCAGUAAGAUCAGAUCUGAGAAAUUUGCCUAUGAUUUCAUGGAUAAGCUUCCUGCCAAGGAUAAGACAUUUGAACUGGUGUGUAUCCUUCCAUCUGUCAUCACCGGAAAGCUAAAGCUGCCAAUAGCUGGUGGUGUAAUUGCUACUUUCAUGAAAAUGGCUGUUGAAGGAAAGCUUUCAAGUCUUCCCAAAAUUUAUUAUGGACACGUUGAUGUUCAAGAUUGUGCUGAUGCUCAUCUAAAUGCUCUUGAAUAUGGAAAAGAUGGUGGAAGAUAUGUUCUUUCUAGUGAGACCUACAAGUUCUCCAAAUUUGCUGAAGUCAUAAAAGAAGAGUUUGAACCAAAGGGAUAUAAGGUCAAGGUUAGCGAGCUUUCAAAAUGCACUCUUUGGAUGGCAAGCUGGUUUAAUGUUGAUGCUAAAAACUAUUUAUCUCAUUGGGACAUCAAAUGUACUAUUGAUGGAUCAAAAGAGGCUGAAGAACUUAAGUUUGAAUACAAGCCUAUGAAGGAAAGCGUUGUUGAAAUGGUUCAAGGUAUGAUUGACAUGGGCUUCAUCAAGAAACCUGAAUAAGCAUAAGGCAAUCAUUAAAAGCUU